GUUGGGUAGCCGGGGCCAUCUAAAAAGAAAAGAAGAAGAAGCAUAAUAGCUUGUUACUUGAUUUGAUGAAAGAGGUAUAAAAGAAAUCAGUUGCCUUACAUCUGUAAUUGUAAUCUUUACACGCAUUAGUCCAAUAAUUUUAUCAUCCGGACGGUGUUGGAAUAUUAUCGAAGCAUGUCGUCUGCAGAGAAACGUAAAAUCUCAAGUUCAACUGAUCAAGAUUCAACGAGAAAGCAAAUACGCAUAAUGAAUGAGAAGCAAAUCUCUGACAAAGAAGUUGAGAAUAUCCCGAAGAAGGAGCAGACACAGCAGACAGUAUCUCCAUCACAUUUACCUCUGUAUAUCAAGAGCUAUUCUGAAACACAUAUUGAAUCGACUAUAAUUGACCAUAUAUGGAAAAUUUAUCAAUUUAUGCGUUUUUCUACGAUAACGAACACGAUAGCGCUUCCAUCGAUUCCAGAGAUAGGUCAGUGCGUGAUUCGAAUGAUUGUUUCGCGUCAAGUUAAUUCGCAGAACGAUGUAAUAGCAUUUUAUAUACUUACCAGUAAAUCAUUUUACGGUUCAUGUGGCACUAUUAUAACGCUACCGGCUGAAGAUUUUAGUUCAUCAAACAUUGUUUCGGGUCUUAUAUCGAAUAAGACAUUAUUAAUUAAAAUCUCGACCGACGAGUUUCAGUUGAUUCCUGAAAGUACGCUUACAAUACGUUGUAAGCUUAAAAUUUAUCAUCAUCUGAUAAAUAAAAGUAUGCGUAUGAAUUUAGUACCAUCUUUAACAGAAUUUUCAAGAAACGUGACUUGUUUUGAAGACUCGACCUCUGAUGAGUUUCGGUUUAAAGAUGAGGAAUCAAUCAAAUUUAUAGUAGGAGAAGAAGAGUAUGUUAUAUCAAAAAAAUUGUUGUGCUCCACCAACAGUAGCUACUUUAAGAAUAUCUGUCUUACACAUAGGGGAAAAGAAAAAGAUAUGACAGAUGAAUUAAUAGCGAAUAGCGAGUUACUUACUUUUAAACAGAUUUUAGUAUAAUAUUAUAACUGGCUCACUAGACCAAUGUAACUAUAACAUGCUUAAAAAAUUAUUAGCCACAGCUGAUAAAUAUGAUGUACCAGCUUUAAAAUUAACGUGUGAACAUAAUUUGCUACGCUAUAUUACGAUUAAAAAUGCUGUUGAACUUCUACAGCUUGCGUUUGCGUCUAAUGCAAAAUUUUUAGGAAAAUAUUCGGCAAAUUUUGUUAAAUUUUACAUAGAAGACAUUAGGAAUGUUGCAGAAUUUGAAAAUAUAUUGCAAGAAGAUUUAAAUAAGAUACUGGAAUUGAUUGAGAAAAGUGAAAUUCUUGAAAUCAGUACUCAUCAGUUGUUUUCGUCACCACUUAUGACAGAUAAAUUCACGUUGGCUGGUAGUGAUUCAUAAAAUAAUAUACAUAAUACAGGA